AUGAGUCACCAGCAGCUCUACUGGAGCCACCUACGGAAAUUUGGCCAGGGUUUGUGCUUUUACCUCACCUGCUCAAACCAGCACAGUCUAAUCCAGAAAUACAGCCUCAGUAUGUGCCACCAGCGUUUCCAUCAGUACACGAAGGAUAUAAGCUUCAUAAAGUUGGACUAA